GGCACCAGCUGUCUCUGUGUGAGGAUCAACGAGUCCCUCCCCCGCUGUGCCUUCGAGGUCCCCUCUCCCCUCCCCCUCGCUCCCUGGAUAAUGGCCACCCGCAGGGAGACUUCCAACUUCAAACGCUAUGGGUUCACCUUCGGAACAACAACUGGCUUCUCUGAUACGACAGCUGGCGUUGCGCCUGAAACCGCAACAGAUGGCUCUUCAACGGAUGCCAAUUUUGCAGUCAGUGAGCUGAACGCAACCAUCACAACCAUCACUGAUGGUGGUGCUGGUAAUAUGCCUGUCGUAGUAACGGUGUGGUACGAUAACUCGGGCUACCACACCUUGCCGGCAGCUCUCAAUGUGCUUAACAACGCCAGAUUGCAGCGCCUACUCGGCAGCGCACAGGCCUCUAUCACCGCUGCCAGCCAACCGAUAGCCUUCAAGUCUAGCCCUGCUGCAAAAAUAGCAUUUGGGGAGUAUGUGGGUGCAGUGGUCGUGUCUCUCCUGCUGCUCGUGGCGCUGAGUGCGCUGUGCAGUUACUGCUCCGGCCGUGCAGUGCACGACAGCUCCUCGUCUGCACUGCGUCUGUACUGCACACUCGGCCUGCCACUGCGCCUCUACUGGAUUUCUGCCCUUCUCUGGGACGGCAUGAUGCUGGUGGUGACGGUGCUGCUGCUGGUUGUGGUGCUCCUGAUAUUCGGGCAACCACACUUCGUGGGUGGUGACAACCUGCCUGCCUUCCUGCUCAUCUGCCUGCUCUACGGGUGCUCCAUGCUCCCCCUGUUUUACCUGCUGGGGCGUUUCUUCUGCUGCCGCACGUCAGCCACCGUCAGCUUCUUCUUCACGGCCGUGGGCGUGGGCUUCCUCGCCUCGGUCGUCGUCAUGGCCUGCCAGGCCUACUCCUGGGUCCAGAGCGGCAAAGUGUCUCUAGGUUGCCAUGAAGCAUCCAAUAUUUUGUUUUUUACCAUUAAAUUUUUCUGCUUGGGUUUGAUCUUGCACCUUCUUAAUGUUUCCCUAUGGGCUUCCUCGCCUCGGUCGUGGUCAUGGCCUGCCAGGCCUACUCCUGGGUCCAGCAUCCAUCUUACCAGGCUCUGGGCAUCCUGUUCGCGCUGCGGUCGCUGGGGGAGCUGCUGCAGCGGACCUGCCUCGCCCUGCCGCCCUACGCCUUCUGCGCCGCCCUCACCGACCUCGCCCUCGCCCACACCAGGGUACGUGGCGCCCACACCAGGGUACGUGGCGCCCACACCAGGGUACGUGGCGCCCACACCAGGGUACGUGGCGCCCACACCAGGGUACGUGGCGCCCACACCAGGGUACGUGGCGCCCACACCAGGGUACGUGGCGCCCACACCAGGGUACGUGGCGCCCACACCAGGGUACGUGGCGCCCACACCAGGGUACGUGGCGCCCACACCAGGGUACGUGGCGCCCACACCAGGGUACGUGGCGCCCACACCAGGGUACGUGGCGCCCACACCAGGGUACGUGGCGCCCACACCAGGGUACGUGGCGCCCACACCAGGGUACGUGGCGCCCACACCAGGGUACGUGGCGCCCACACCAGGGUACGUGGCGCCCACACCAGGGUACGUGGCGCCCACACCAGGGUACGUGGCGCCNCCCAAGUACACGUAG